GCAGUUCGGAAUUAACCAAGGCAGCCAUGGACAACGGAUCGCAGUGUGCCAACAUGCUGGAUGGGUGUAUCAAAUCAACAAUGUCCAAACAAGUUGCAACUGAAAAUCCUGAGUAUUCCUCUUCUGCAAAUCUCUACGAUACAACGAAUGAUUAUCGGGGACUUGCGUUGGUGUUUAAUCAUGAAAACUUUGAGACGGAAAAAAAGCGAGAUGGCACCAAUGAAGAUCGGGAUAACUUGAAAGAUCUACUGAGUAGUCUUAAAUUUGAUGUGCACAUAUAUGAUGACUUGGACAAGAAGGAAGUGCUGAAAACACUGAAGAUAUGGUCUGAAGAAAAAUACUCGGACUGUGACUGCCUAGUAGUGGUUGUGAUGACUCAUGGUGAUCCACAUAAUUUGUACGCUAAAGAUUCAUGCUACCCAGUGGAAUCUCUUUGGGUAAACUUUAUCGGGAACAGGUGCCCCUCGCUGAUUGGGAAGCCCAAGAUGUUUUUUAUACAAGCGUGUCGAGGAAAAGCUCUUGACCAAGGAGUGGUGUUCGAUCCUGAAAGACAAAACGACAAAAAGGAUUGUAAAACAUACGAAGGUUCGAAUUCGAGCCCGCCAAUGGCUGAUUUAUUGGUGAUGUAUUCGACAUAUGAAGGGCACUGCUCGUGGCGUAAUCCCAAAAAUGGCGGGGUGUUUAUCCAGACGCUAUGCAGUGAGCUGAAGGCGAACGGGAAUAAACGUGAGCUUUUGACGCUUCUAACUGGUGUGUCUAGAAGAACGGCAUAUGAAUUUCAGUCAUAUGUUCCAGAUGAUGAGAAGUACAACGCCAAGAAGCAAAUGCCGUGCCUGGUUUCGACUCUGACUAAGAGCUUUUACUUUACUGAUAAGACAACUAGCAAGAAAUUUGAGCUGAAAAAGUUUUGACUCUGUAAAGAUGCUGAAGAACAU